AACUAGAACCUUUAGGUGACUGCCAAUGGCCUUUCCGUAUUAUGACAGCAGGUGUCACUGCAAAUAGUCAUUUGGACGAUUUUACUGGAGAGAGCAGGUCGGAAGAUUGCUGUCGCUCAUUCUUCUCUGGUUUUUUAAUUGAAAUACUGAAAAUAGUGCUUAGAAAUUGCAGCAGUAAUAAGACCGACGGAAAGCUUUAUUCAAGAAUGGCUAUUCAUUCUGCCCCUAAUUCGCCAUUUAAAAGGUGUCGAGCUGAUCGAAUAGGAUUACUCGGUAGAAGUUCAGCAUCUGUUGACGAACCAGAUACAAUACCCGCAAAAAACUGCAGAAGAUUGGUCGUGGUCGGAUCUGCUAGGGUUGGGAAAACAUCAUUAGUUCAAAGAUUUUUACAUGGAAAAUUCGAAGAUAGCUAUACUCCAACGAUAGAAGAUUUCCAUUCGAAAAUUUACAGGAUCAGGGGUGAAGCUUAUAGAUUGGAUAUUUUAGAUACAUCUGGUAACCAUCCUUUUCCGGCUAUGAGAAGAUUAAGUUUACUAACAGGAGACCUGUUCGUGCUUGUUUACGCUCUUGAUCAAAGGGAGACGUUCGAAGAAGUGAAGCAACUGCAAAAGCAGAUAUUGGAAAGUAAGGUUGGUCGUCUUGGGCAGGGUAAAAGUAAAAGCUCUGUUAUUCCGAUGGUCUUUGUUGGAAACAAAUGUGAACAGGACGAAAGAGAAAUAGGAGAAGAUGAAGCUCGAGAACUGGCUAAUCUUUUUCCAGGCUGUGCCAAUGUUGAAGCUUCUGCUAAAAUAAAUAUAAACGUUGAAGAAAUAUUUGUCAAACUUUUUAUGCUGGCAAAACUACCCACAGAAAUGUCUCCCAAUCUCCAUAGAAAGGUGGCUCCCUCUUUUAUUGGGUUUCGUCGAUCACAAAGCAGCGAUAGUGAGGACGACAGCUGUAAAGAUUCAUUCCGGCGGCGAAUGACUAUGAGACGUCGCAUGAGUGACGCUUGUGGGGCAGUAACGCCCAAUGCUAGGAGGCCAUCUAUUCGAACGGAUUUACUGCUGAUGCAGGCGAGGAAGGCUCAUGGUGGAUCUUUUGAAUCAGCUGCUCAUAAUAAAUGUUCUGUAAUGUGAUUUAUUGAAGCUUCUUGUUGUCUCUGUAAUUUUUUUUGCACACGUUCCAAUCUUACACAUUAGAAAAUAACAAAAAAAAAACAGCUGGCAUUAUAAAAACCUUUUUUUCAAAGAAAUUAAACACAAAAGUCUUAAGAUCGAUCUUAAAAUGAGAAGAAAAGACUAAGAUGGAAUGUUAUCCUUUUUUCAAAAAAAUGAGAUCAAUUACGUCAAACCCUAAAGGUCCGAUAUAUCAAGUUUUAGAGAAAGAUUUCCAGGCCAUUUUAUGAUCCGUAAAUAAGAUGAAAUAAUCUCUUAUGACUCUUUAUAGAGAAAGAAAACCUGAUUCACAGUUACUUUACCGUAAGAAAAUUAAUAUCUAUAUUACAAUUUCAAAACACGAAAACGACCAAACACAAGGCGACUGUAGAUUUUUUCCUAUUCUCGCUCUUUUUCCAUAAAGAAUAAUACAAACAGAAAAGGAAUAAUUGAUAUAUUCAAUAAAGAACGCUAAGCAUAUUUUUCAAUUAUUUCAAGGUAAAAAAAAGUAACCAUAUUACUUUAUGGGUUAAAAGAAAUUCGAUUAGAAAAAGAUAUUUAUUAAAUAACAUUCAAGGAAUUUAAUAUAUAUUCUCUAUUAUUGCAUUAAAC